GGGUUCGGACGCGGCGUGAUCAGUCAUGGCGGCUUUCCGUGACAUGGUGGAGGUGAGCAAAUGCCUACUGAGCCUGCUGGGGACCAACCGCACCGAGGCGCAGCAGCGGCGGCUGCUCGGGCGCCACGAGCAGAUGAUGGAGCGGCUGCAGGAGAUGCAGGACGGCGCCGACCAGCAGCUUCGGGAGACCCUGGCUGUGGAGGAGGAAGUGGCUCAGAGCCUUCUUGAACUGAAGGAAUGUACGUGCCAGGGGAACACCGAGCUCCAGCAGCUGGAGGUGGAGCUCCAGAGGACCAGCAAGGAGGACACCUGUCUGCAGGCCAGGCUUCGUCAGCUCAUCACGGAGCUGCAGGAGCUCAGGGAGAUGGAGGAAGAGCUCCAGCGACAGGAGACAGAAGUGGAUGAGGACAACACCGUCACCAUCCCCGCUGCAGUUCCACUACGGCCCCGCGGUGGCCCAGCCCAUCCACCUGGACAGUGCACAGCUCUCGCAGAAGUUCAUCAGUGACUACCUCUGGAGUCUAGUGGACACCACGUGGUAGCCAGAGCCUUGACCUCAGGCCUCAUAGAGUUGGGGUUGAGGGAGCCAAGGCGGGGAUCACUCUCAGAUUAAAUGUCUAUAUGU